UUCCUUUUUUUUUGAAAAUUAUGUGAUAAUUAUGAGAACCAAUCCUACUACUUCGCGUCCCGGGAUUUCCACAAUUGAAGAAAAAAGCGUAGGGCGUAUUGAUCAAAUUAUUGGACCCGUGCUGGAUAUCACUUUUCCCCCGGGCAAGUUGCCUUAUAUUUAUAAUGCUUUGAUAGUCAAGAGUCGAGACACUGCCGAUAAGCAAAUUAAUGUGACUUGUGAGGUACAACAAUUAUUAGGAAAUAAUCGAGUUAGAGCUGUGGCUAUGAGUGCUACAGAGGGGUUGAUGAGAGGAAUGGAAGUGAUUGACACGGGAACUCCUCUCAGUGUUCCAGUCGGUGGAGCUACUCUCGGACGAAUUUUUAACGUUCUUGGGGAGCCUAUUGACAAUUUGGGUCCUGUGGAUACUAGUGCAACAUUUCCUAUUCAUAGAUCUGCGCCUGCCUUUAUCGAGUUAGAUACGAAAUUAUCUAUCUUUGAAACAGGUAUUAAGGUGGUCGAUCUUUUAGCUCCCUAUCGACGUGGAGGAAAAAUCGGACUGUUUGGGGGGGCAGGAGUAGGUAAAACAGUACUCAUCAUGGAAUUAAUCAAUAACAUUGCUAAAGCUCAUGGAGGCGUAUCCGUAUUUGGCGGAGUAGGGGAACGGACUCGUGAAGGAAAUGAUCUUUAUAUGGAAAUGAAGGAAUCCGGAGUAAUUAAUGAAAAAAAUAUUGAGGAAUCAAAGGUAGCUCUAGUCUAUGGCCAAAUGAAUGAACCGCCGGGAGCUCGUAUGAGAGUUGGUUUAACUGCCCUAACUAUGGCAGAAUAUUUCCGAGAUGUUAAUAAGCAAGACGUGCUUUUAUUCAUCGAUAAUAUCUUUCGUUUUGUUCAAGCAGGAUCGGAAGUAUCCGCCUUAUUAGGCAGAAUGCCCUCCGCAGUGGGUUAUCAACCUACCCUUAGUACAGAAAUGGGUUCUUUGCAAGAAAGAAUUACUUCUACCAAAAAGGGAUCUAUAACUUCGAUCCAAGCAGUUUAUGUACCUGCAGACGAUUUGACCGACCCUGCUCCUGCCACAACAUUUGCACAUUUGGACGCUACUACCGUACUUUCCAGAGGAUUAGCUUCCAAGGGUAUUUAUCCCGCAGUGGAUCCUUUAGAUUCAACCUCAACUAUGUUACAGCCUCGGAUUGUUGGCAACGAACAUUAUGAAACUGCGCAAAGAGUUAAGGAAACUUUACAACGUUACAAAGAACUUCAGGACAUUAUCGCAAUUCUUGGAUUGGAUGAAUUAUCGGAGGAGGAUCGUUUAACUGUAGCAAGAGCACGAAAAAUCGAGCGGUUCUUAUCACAACCGUUCUUUGUGGCAGAAGUUUUUACCGGUUCUCCAGGAAAGUAUGUUGGUCUUGCAGAAACAAUUAGGGGAUUUCAACUAAUCCUUUCCGGAGAAUUAGACGGCCUACCCGAACAGGCUUUUUAUUUAGUGGGGAACAUCGAUGAAGCUAGCACGAAAGCUAUAAACUUAGAAGAGGAGAGCAAAUUGAAGAAAUGAAAUUAAAUCUUUAUGUACUGACUCCUAAACGAAUUAUUUGGGAUUGUGAAGUGAAAGAAAUCAUUUUAUCUACUAAUAGUGGCCAAAUUGGUGUAUUACCAAACCACGCCCCCAUUAACACAGCUGUAGAUAUGGGUCCUUUGAGAAUACGCCUCCUGAACGACCAAUGGUUAACGGCGGUUCUGUGGAGUGGUUUUGCAAGAAUAGUUAAUAAUGAGAUCAUCAUUUUAGGAAAUGAUGCAGAACUGGGUAGUGACAUUGAUCCAGAAGAAGCUCAACAGGCACUUGAAAUAGCCGAAGCUAACUUGAGUAAAGCUGAAGGUACGAAAGAAUUGGUUGAAGCGAAGCUAGCUCUCAGACGAGCUAGGAUACGAGUCGAGGCUGUCAAUUGGAUUCCCCCAUCCAAUUGAAGACAAUCCAAAGAUUUCGUUGAUACAAAGAAAAAGGAAAGAAGGGUAGAAAAAGUUAUUAGAUAGCGAAGCGAAGUAAGUCCAAUGCUAUCUAGUAAUUUUUCUACCUACCUACCUACUAUUGGAUUUGAACCAAUGACUCCCGCCGUAUGAAAGCAAUACUCUAACCACUGAGUUAAGUAGGCAAUUUAUCACCACAAAAGAAGCCCCAUUACUUCGAUCGAUUAUAGAUUGAAUCCUUUUUAUAAGCAAUACCGCUCCGUUAUUGGUAUGUUUAUGUUAUAUAGUAAACGGAUCAAAGGGAUAUCCUCUGGCAUUAGAGAAUAUUCAUCUUGACAAGAAAUUAUCUAUAUGUUAAGAUAUCUCUGACAAGGGCUAUAGCUCAGUUCGGUAGAGCAACUCGUUUACACGUGCGCCAAUGCUUUUCAAGGGAACUUUUUAUGCAAUGAACAUAAUUGACCUUGUUGCAAAAUCAAUGUCUUACUUCAUGGAUUCGAAAGAAUAGAAGAACAGUAGCCUGACAAUGACAAACAGCUGGUUCAGUCCGAUUCAGGUGCCAAUUAAGGUGCUUACUCAAAUAGAACUCCUAUUGAUUUGCUAGUUGAUAAGGUAAAUAUCCAGCCCACUCAAUGCUAGGCGUAAUGAGGAUAAGGGCCUCCAAAAAACUUCUUUUCGUUCUAUGAACUUUAAGGUGUAUGAAGUCUCAUAGUAAACUCUUGCAGCGGAACGAUAGAGACUCCAUUUCACUUAGGUUGAUUUAAUUUAGGCCGGAGGCAGACCUAAGUCAAGGUAAUCCUCCUUUGAAACACUUUGGUAUUGUUCCUAGAUAGAUCAUAAGACAAAUAAUCAAUCAGAGCACAGGGAGCCAUCUUAUUAUCUUUCCCUAAAGAAAAACUAUGGCGAAUUAACUGAUCUUUACAUUAGUUGAUGAAAGAGCCCAAUGCAGAAAAAUGCAUGUUGGGUCUUUGAAACAGUUCGAAUCAUUUCGAUAAUAAUCUGUUUGAUCUGUUUUACCGAGAAGGUCUACGGUUCGAAUCCGUAUAGCCCUAAUAUAUACGUCUUUUUUCCAUUUUAGGAUGGAUAUCUUAUGUUUCCUUUAGUAUAGUUUUCUUUUCCUUAUUUAGUACUUGUUUAUAGACUCGACGGUCGAUUGCGCCAUAGAAUAGAGAUAAAAGCAUUACCAUAGGCUCAUUCAUCGAAACGCAAAUCAGAGAGACAGGAAAAGAAAAAAGAAUUUUGAUCAAAUCAAUAGAAGGAAGGAUCCCUUACCUGAUUUGAAUUUCAUCCUCCUUUAAAUAGGAUAUGCUCUAAGUCUUCCCAUACUUUCCUAUAAUGACUGCAACGAUUUUCUCCAUUUUGCGAAUUCCUAUUUUAUUUGAAGUAUAUUACUAUCAUAUACAUUAUCUAAAUCGAUCCACUUUAAAUAAAAUAGAAAAAAUCGAAAGAAAAAAAAAAAGAAAGAGUAAAUAAUAAAACAGGAUAUUCUGUUUCAUAAUUCUGAAAUAGAGUUCUUUUUUUUAGUAUUACUCCUCAUUAGGAUGUAUAUAUUAAUCAUCCUAUUUUAAUAUAUAUUAAUCAUCCUAUUUUAAUUAGGUUCUAAUCCAAUUAGUAGUAAGUAUUUUCUUUUUUAUUUAAUAGUCUCUGACUAUCAUUAAAUAAAGGGUAGAGCAAUUCUUUUUUCUAGAGAUUCUAGAGAAAGUGAGACAAAGUGAAGCGAAAGAGUUUUCUUUGUAUAAGAAUUAGGUCUAUAUCAUAUCUAAAUAGAAGGGAAAUCAAAAAGAAGGGAAGUGGGGAUUACAUUGGAUGAAUCCUUAAGGAAGACAUAUCACAAAAGAAAUAAAGGCUAAAGUAAGCGCUCCUUGCCUUUGGUUUGAGCAAAACAGAUUCUUGUUUCACCGAGGAAAAGAGAGAAGUUCUGGAUAAAUUGACAAUGUCAACUUGAAUUGACUAAUUCAGUUCCGCCUAUUCCACAUUAAUGGGAGUACAUUUAUGUUUCUGCUUCACGAAUAUGAUAUUUUUUGGACAUUUCUAAUAAUAGCAAGCCUUAUUCCUAUUUUGGUAUUUUGGAUUUCAGGACUUUUAGCCCCGGUUAGUGAAGGACCAGAGAAGCUUUCUAGUUAUGAAUCGGGUAUAGAACCCAUGGGGGGGGCUUGGUUACAAUUCCGAAUACGCUAUUACAUGUUUGCGCUAGUUUUUGUUGUUUUUGAUGUGGAAACAGUCUUUCUCUACCCUUGGGCAAUGAGUUUCGACGUAUUGGGUGUAUCCGUUUUUAUCGAAGCUUUCAUUUUUGUGCUUAUCCUAGUUGUUGGUUUAGUUUAUGCAUGGCGAAAAGGAGCCUUGGAAUGGUCUUAACUGAAUAUUCAGAAAAAAAAAAAAAAGAAGGAAAAGAUUCCAUUGAGACAAUUAUGAGUUUGAUUGAGUUUCCGUUACUCGACCAAACAAGUUCCAAUUCCGUUAUUUCAACUACACCAAACGAUCUUUCAAAUUGGUCAAGACUCUCAAGUUUAUGGCCCCUUCUAUAUGGUACCAGUUGUUGUUUCAUUGAAUUUGCUUCAUUAAUAGGCUCACGAUUCGACUUUGAUCGUUAUGGAUUGGUACCAAGAUCAAGUCCUAGACAAGCGGACCUAAUUUUAACAGCUGGUACGGUAACAAUGAAAAUGGCUCCAUCUUUAGUGCGAUUAUAUGAGCAAAUGCCUGAACCGAAAUACGUCAUUGCUAUGGGAGCCUGUACUAUUACAGGGGGCAUGUUCAGUACAGAUUCCUAUAGUACUGUUCGAGGAGUUGAUAAGUUAAUUCCUGUGGACGUCUACCUGCCGGGUUGCCCGCCUAAACCAGAGGCUGUUAUAGAUGCCCUAACAAAACUUCGUAAGAAGAUAGCGCGAGAAAUAAUUGAGGAUCGAACUCUAUGUCAAAGUCAAAAGAAAAAUAGAUCUUUUACUACCCGUCACAAACUUUAUGUUCGGCGCAGUACUCACACUGGAACUUACGAACAAGAAUUGCUCUAUCAAUCACCAUCUACUUUAGAUAUAUCUUCUGAAACUUUUUUCAAAUCCAAAAGUUCAGUAUCUUCCUACAAAUUAGUGAAUUAGGAGGGGUUCUUUUGUGCAGAAAAAGAAAGAAAAGAGCAGUACAAUCUUUCAAACUUGCAUUUGAAAUGUGAAAUAUUUAUACAAAGGGGGAGAGAUCAAGACAAUGCAGCAGGGUUGGUUAUCUAAUUGGCUAGUUAAACAUGACGUGGUUCAUAGGUCUUUGGGCUUCGAUCAUCGAGGAGUAGAGACUUUACAAAUAAAAGCGGGGGAUUGGGAUUCCAUUGCUGUCAUUUUAUAUGUAUAUGGUUACAAUUAUUUACGUUCCCAAUGUGCUUAUGACGUAGCACCCGGUGGAUCUUUAGCUAGCGUGUAUCAUCUUACGAGAAUACAGUAUGGUAUAGAUAACCCAGAAGAGGUAUGCAUAAAAGUCUUUGCCCAAAAGGAUAAUCCUAGAAUCCCGUCUGUUUUCUGGGUUUGGAGAAGUGCCGAUUUUCAAGAACGCGAAUCUUAUGAUAUGGUGGGAAUUUCUUAUGAUAAUCAUCCACGUCUUAAACGUAUCUUAAUGCCUGAAAGUUGGAUAGGCUGGCCCUUACGUAAGGACUAUAUAACCCCCAAUUUCUAUGAAAUACAAGAUGCUCAUUGAGUGAUAAUAAAUUCAUGUUCACUUAUACAACACAAUUCCAGAUUUUAUUCAAGUCAAGGAAUAUUUUGACGUUCUGUUCCUAGACGAAACGAAAUACUUAGAAUAUAAUAUUCUAAUUAAUUCCUAUUAUACAAAAAGGUCCAGAUAGACUGAACAAAAAGGGCUUCAUUUCUAUUUUCCAAUUUGGAAAAUCACAUAUUUGUUUCCUUCGUAUGAACAGAAAAAUACAAUGACUCAAAGAAGUUCCUACCACGAACUUUGUACCGCGCAUAUUACUUAGAACAACUGGGAAAGUAGGAUAAGCAAGAAUAAAAAAAAAUAUAUUCUUCGGAAUAGCGGUAUACAAAAUUAAUAAGAAAUGCAAAAUGAAGAAAAGGGCACCUAAUCUCACCUCUUUCUAUACCAUAAAGAACCAGAGAUUUAAACCCUUUUUUUAAAAGAAAAAGAAGUGUUUAGAGAUUUAUCUACUUACUCUAGAGAUUUAUCUACUUACUCUAGACUAAAGACUAAGUAGAUUUUUAAUAAAUAUUUACCCCAAUCCAUCUCAAAAUAUUUGUAUCAAUAUCUAUUCAGUAGAUCCUUUUUUUCUGUGCCAGGAACCAGAUUUGAACUGGUGACACGAGGAUUUUCAGUCCUCUGCUCUACCAACUGAGCUAUCCUGACCCUUUCUUGUGCAUCAUCUUAGUAAAGUAUUUGCAUCUAUGUCAAUUAAAGGGACUAAAAAAUCAAUAAAGUAUUCCAUUCAAAAUUAGGAAAUGGGGAGGGGUAGUCCUAUGCAUUGUGGAUGGCUUACUUAAUAAUACUUAAAAAAAACGAAUUAAUAAUCGAGAUUCCUUGCCGAUACUCUACUCUAAUAAAUAAAAAAGAAAUAAAAAAGAAAUCAUCUAUUUAAUGAAUAGCAUAAGAUUCAUUGAGUUCUUGUCGCACUCCUUUGUGAAAGAGUAGAAUGAGAAAGCUAGUGAAUCUUAAACCCAUUGAUAAAAGAAAAAAAGGAUAACAACUAUGGUUAGGGAAUAAAAGAGGGUUUGGGGAUAGAGGGACUUGAACCCUCACGACUUAUAAAGUCGACGGAUUUUCCUUUUACUAGAAAUUUCAUUGUUGUCAGUAUUGACAUGUAGAAUGGGACUCUCUCUUUAUCCUCGUCCGAUUAAUCCACUUUUAAAAAUUAAAAGAUCUCGAAAACAAUGAAUUGAAGGAUUUGAUUACUCAAUAUUUGAUUGGAAUAGAUUCACAAUAAUUCUAAAAAAAAAUUAUGAAUUUUCUAUUUCAUAAUCAUUCCUAAUUUCAUUCUAAAAAUAAAAUAAAGAACCUAUAUUAUAAUAUGGGUUCUGUGAUUAAUCGUUAUUACUUCGAUUCGUUAGAACAGCUUCCAUUGAGUCUCUGCACCUAUCCUUUUCCUUUGGGUUCUAGUUUGAGAACCACUUGUUUUUCAAAAAAGGGAUUUGGCUCAGGAUUGCCCAUUUUUCAUUCCAGGGUUUCUCUGAAUUUGGAAGUUACCACUUAGCAGGUUUCCAUACCAAGGCUCAAUACAAUCAAGUCCGUAGCGUCUACCGAUUUCGCCAUAUCCCCAUUUUACUUUUCUUUGAAACCAGGAUUCCUUGUAUAAUUUAAUCCAUCUCUUAGUUUUUUUUGAAUCAUUGAAUUCAUUAUUCGACGUAGUCUAGCAACUCAUCUCUAUUUGAGACACCCCGCUCGCUUAUUGCAAUUCAGAAUUGCAUUGAUUUUAUCGUUGAUAUAUUUGCAAUUCAAUCGGAAUGAAUAUAUCCAAAAGUUUUUCUCUCUCCCGCCUCCCUCCUUCCUUUUUUAGAGUAUUCCAAAUCAUACUAUAACGCUUGAUAUUCAUUCUUUUUUUCUAAACUGAAUUAGAAAUUUCAUUUGCUAUGAUUCUAUCUUCUCCUUAGUGAACUAUUUAUCCUUAAAUUAUUAACAAAUAAAAAAACAAAAUAUCUCAAAAAUGUAUAUAAUGAUCAAAUGAAAAUGCCAAUCUCUUGGCAUUUUCUCUUUAUUAUAUUAUUCAUAUAUAUUCUUCUUUUUCUUCUUUUCUAUGUAUUAGAUUAUUCCUCCGAGCCAUAUCAAAUUGAAAAUAUCUGAAAUCAAAUUCAAUAUAGAAUUUGGAAUAGAUUCUAUUAAAAAAAUCCAUUUGCGAAUUAGAGAAAUAAAAAGAAAGUUCAAUAAAUUCUAUAAUCCUAUUUAAGAAUAUCAUUUAGUUAAGCAUAUCAAGCUAACUUUAUCUUUAUGAAAUUCUAGUAUUUUUUUUUUUCUAUCUAAGUGGAACUUCCAAUUUAGAACUAGUUAAUAACUAAGAUUAAUAAUUAAGAUCUGACAUUUUACAGAUUCCCUAUAUAUAUUUUUAUUUGUUACACUAUUUCUGUUAUGUAAGCCCACUUAGCUCAGAGGUUAGAGCAUCGCAUUUGUAAUGCGAGGGUCAUCGGUUCAAAUCCGAUAGUCGGCUUUUUUUUCUAUCGAUGUUCUAUGAACAAGAAUUUCUCUUUUUCUCCGAAUAAAAUGGGGAAUCCAGGGUCUAUUAUGUCGUUUUACCUUACAAUUUUGCUAGAUACAAAGCAUAAAAAUAAAUAAUAUAUAUACAAAAAAUCCAGAUGUUGAUGAAAUUCCAUUUUUUGUGUUACUCCAUUUUUUGUGUUACUUUAGUAGAUUUUACUCUGUUUAUCCUUUAGUUUAAUUCUGUUUGAAUUUCGCUGUAUUCUGUAAUGUAAAUAGAACGAAAUUUAUUGUGUAAAAUGAAAUUUCAAUAAAAUAAAAAAGGAGUCUUCAUGUCCCGUUAUCGAGGGCCUCGUUUAAAAAAAAUACGCCGUCUGGGAGCUUUACCAGGACUCACUAGAAAAACGCCUAAAUCCGGAAGUAAUCAGAAAAAGAAAUUCCAUUCUGGGAAAAAAGAGCAAUAUCGUAUUCGUCUUCAAGAAAAACAGAAAUUGCGUUUUCAUUAUGGUCUGACAGAACGACAAUUACUUAGAUAUGUACAUAUCGCUGGAAAAGCAAAAAGAUCCACAGGUCAGGUUUUACUACAAUUACUUGAAAUGCGUUUGGAUAAUAUCCUUUUUCGAUUGGGUAUGGCUUCAACCAUUCCUGGGGCCCGACAAUUAGUUAACCAUAGACAUAUUUUAGUUAAUGGUCGUAUAGUUGAUAUACCAAGCUUUCGUUGCAAACCCCGAGAUAUUAUUACUACGAAGGAUAACCAACGAUCAAAACGUUUGGUUCAAAAUUAUAUUGCUUCAUCCGAUCCGGGCAAAUUACCAAAGCAUUUGACGGUUGACACAUUGCAAUAUAAAGGACUAGUAAAAAAAAUUCUAGAUAGGAAGUGGGUCGGUCUCAAAAUAAAUGAGUUGUUAGUUGUAGAAUAUUAUUCUCGCCAGACUUGAACUUAACGAAAAAAGGAAAGGUUCAUAGAAUUUUUUUCCCCUUCCCCUUUCCCCGAACUAAAUCGACCUAAGGCUCUUAAUUCGUAUUUUCCCGUUCACCUAGCAGAAAUAGAUUAACCCUAGGAUACUUUUUUCUUUUUUGUUAUUUCCUCGAUGUGUAUUUUACAUACCACAGUAAUUUGCUAUAGAGAAUUUCUAUUAAUUAAAGGUAUUAUUGUUGGAAUAAAUUGUUAUUUAAUUUGAUACAUUGUGAUCGCUAACAUUGAUGAAUUAAGAGAAACGGAAAGAGAGGGAUUCGAACCCUCGGUAAACAAAAGUCUACAUAGCAGUUCCAAUGCUACGCCUUGAACCGCUCGGCCAUCUCUCCUACAUAAUCUUAUUAUGGAAAAUAAACUGAGUGAAUAGCGAGUUUUCGUAUUCCUGCAGUACAGGUACAGCCACAACGGCUCGGGAAUUCCAUGGCUCUAUUGGAUUGGAUGGAAAAAUUCCUUUUCAUCUAAGUGGAAGGAUCCUGUAUUUUUUUACUAGGAAUUCUGCUCCCUCGAAAAGUUUUUCUUUGGGGAAAACCAAAAUAAAAAGAGAAUGGAAGAAUUCUUCUUAUUCCAUAAGAAAAUAAAGGAACCCUAGAAUUCCAUUUGCAUAAGGUACAUUACGCCAUACAAUCUAAAUAUAAAAGGGGUAUGGGGCAAUUAAUGACUUUGAAAACGCGAAAUAGCUGAUGAGGGAAGUUGUUGUUGAGAAAUAGGAAAGUGGAAUGAAAUCCAGUCUUAGUCAAAUAUUUCAUAUCUCUUCUCUUCUUGUCCAAACAGAAGGAAAAGGAGACAAUUUGAGCUGAGCGGAAAAUCCAUAUCUCUCUUAUCCAUUUAGAGCAUAUGGAUCGAUUUAUAAGAAUCGAAUGUUUUGUUUUUAUGUUAUUUUGUGAUAGAAUGAAAAGAAUUCUAUAUAGAAUGGGUUGGGAAUUAUGCCUAGAUCCCGUAUAAAUGGAAAUUUCAUUGAUAAGACCUCCUCGAUUGUAGCCAAUAUUUUAUUGCAAAUAAUUCCGACAACCUCCGGGGAAAAAAGGGCAUUUACUUAUUAUAGAGAUGGUGCGAUUUGACUCUUUUUUUUUUUAGCCCUACCUAUAUCUCAUUCUUACGAGAAAGAGAGAGGGUUCGCAUAGAGAGAACAAAAUUAGUAAAGGAAACCCGCGCUUGGGGAAGGUGAGGUGAACUAACAAUUCCUUCUGUCGUGUAUCCUCGAUUGAUGUGGCCUCAGAUGCUUCAAUUGUAGAUUUGAGUAUUGAGCGAAAGGUUACACCUACAGGAUAGGUUCUGUAUUACAGGGCAAUCCGACUCUACUAGUACCAAUAGGCAGCAUAGGGGAGAAAAGCACUACACCACGAAAUAGGAAUCAACAAGAGAAAAACUUUGUUAGAAAUUAGCCCUUUCCUGAUUGGUAUCAGGGUUGGGAAGAAUGGUUGGGAUAACAAACAACCAUCAGGUUUGUACUUUGGAUACCCUUAUAACCAUCAAAGGUCGUUGAAGUGGCUAAUUCCUCUAAAUAGGAGGCGUUGAGAACAAAGAAAUUCUUGGAGCUAUCGUUUUCCUCUAGCAUUAAUAUAAUUCAUUGGUGUUAAGAAAAACCUCUUGGGGGAAGGUUGGCUAGAGAUUUCUUGGAAAAAUACCAGCCCCCUUCGGUCCAUAAUGAGAUGGGACUAAUUCGAUUUUUAUUCUAUAGAUUUUUCGCUUAGUACUAUGUAUAGAAGGGAGAAGCCGUAUGAGAUGAAAACCUCAUGUACGGUUUUGGAACGGAGAUUUUUUGAAUAGAAUGAACGACCGUAACGGAUGUUGGCUCAAUCCGAAGGAAAUUAUGCGGAAGCUUUGCAGAAUUAUUAUGAAGCUACGCGACUAGAAAUUGAUCCCUAUGAUCGAAGUUAUAUACUAUAUAACAUAGGCCUUAUACACACAAGCAAUGGAGAGCAUACAAAGGCUUUGGAAUAUUAUUUCCGGGCGCUAGAACGAAACCCCUUCUUACCGCAAGCUUUUAAUAAUAUGGCCGUGAUCUGUCAUUACGUGCGACUAUCUCCACUAUAGAAAGAAGAAAAAAAAGAAAGGAGGAAAUUUUCUAGUGAAUACUAGAAAAGAGGGCUUUCUACAUAGGGAUCGUCAAAACAACGAUUUUACCCUAUCAGCUGUAGGAAGGAAGGACACUUCACGAGAAUCAAAAUAGGAAGAAAGUAGAGCCUAUACUACUAUUCUAUGGAUAAAGCUGAAAUUGAUAGAGAAAACACCGUAAAGAUCAAUUAGUGAGCGACUGGGUCGAUACAACUAAAAAAAACUGCUUCAUUAUACCACGAUAUGGGACAAAAUUUAGGAAUCCGCUUAUGUAAUAAAGCCGAUCCACUAAGGGAUUAAGCAGCGGUGUAGUAUCAGAUCCCAAAGAUAGUAAGUUCUUUUUUCUUUCUUAUGGAAAAAGGUCUUUUUCCAGGAUUCUAUAGAAAUUUCAUAUAUGAAAGAAACGAAACCGAGAUAGUUACCUUUCAGAAAAUUCGAACGAAGGAUAUAGGUCUAUCUAUGCUUCAUUCUUCUGAAGGUGGGAGAAAAGAUCAAACUGAUUAUUGAUCAAAAUUAGGGUUUGAAACUUAGGUAAUUAACUUCUUCUGCUUAACCCAAGAAGAAAUUGGAUUGAUUUUUGAGAAAUCGAAUUCAGUUAAGAUAGGGGAAAUUAAGAUAGCAAUUUCUGAGCCGUAUGAGGUAGGAAACUCUCAAGUACGGUUCUAGGGAAAGGAACUGCCUAUUCCAACCGAGGAGAACAGGCCAUUCUACAGGGCGAUUCGGAAAUUGCGGAAGCUUGGUUUGAUCAAGCUGCUGAGUAUUGGAAACAAGCUAUAGCGCUUACUCCAGGAAAUUAUAUUGAAGCACAGAACUGGUUAAAGAUUACGAAGCGCUUUGAAUUUGAAUAAGACCACUCUCCAUUUUCAUAAAAAGGGUGGUUUGGUUGAAAAUCAAAUCAAGAAUUUCAUUAUAUCCCUUUCUUCUACCUUCAAUUUUAUAUCAUAUUUCAUAAGGAUAAACAAUAGGGAUAGGCUCUGGAACAGAAGUAAUAAAGUACAUAAAAAUCGGCAAUCUAAAUAUUCCUACCUAAUAUAUCAGGACGGUCUUAUUAAUAAUUCUAAUGAGUUAUCUUGGAAUUUUGAAUCGAAUCAAAAAAUCUAUAUUAUGCUCACUCAAGGAAAGUAGAUGUAGAUAGGGGCUUAUACCCUCAGAAAAAAAAUACACCAGCUUCUUAAAUUAAAACGUAAAAAAAGAUUUUUUUGUUAUGUCGGGAAAUAAUUUUCCAGAAUAACCAAUGUCCGUUAGGCACCUAAUCCUUAUGUCAUAAUAGAUCCGAACACUUGCCUCGGAUUGACUUCAAUAUAUAAUUGCUCCAGUGAAUAACUAAAAAAAAAAAAUAGAAGGACGGUAGAUAGUAAAGAAAAGGACUAAUCAUAAUAUCUAUCUUUAAAAGAUUCAAUAAAAAGACAGUUGGCGGGUCUCUUUGUAUGUCUUGUCCGGAAAGAGGAGGACUUAAUGAUUAUUCGUUCGUCGGAACCAGAAGUUAAAAUUGCUGUGGAUAGGGAUCCUAUAAAAACAUCUUUUGAGGAAUGGGCCAGACCCGGGCAUUUCUCAAGAACAAUAGCUAAGGGCCCCGAUACUACCACUUGGAUCUGGAACCUACAUGCUGAUGCUCACGAUUUCGAUAGUCAUACCGGUGAUUUGGAGGAGAUCUCCCGAAAAGUCUUUAGUGCUCAUUUCGGCCAACUCUCCAUUAUCUUUCUUUGGUUGAGUGGCAUGUACUUCCACGGUGCCCGUUUUUCCAAUUAUGAAGCAUGGCUAAGCGAUCCUACUCACAUUGGACCCAGUGCUCAGGUAGUUUGGCCAAUAGUAGGACAAGAAAUUUUGAAUGGUGAUGUAGGCGGGGGUUUCCGAGGAAUCCAAAUAACCUCUGGUUUUUUUCAGAUUUGGCGAGCAUCCGGAAUAACUAGUGAAUUACAACUCUAUUGUACCGCAAUUGGUGCAUUGAUUUUUGCAUCGUUAAUGCUUUUUGCCGGUUGGUUCCAUUAUCACAAAGCCGCUCCCAAAUUGGCCUGGUUCCAAGAUGUAGAAUCCAUGUUGAAUCACCACUUAGCGGGAUUAUUAGGACUUGGGUCUCUUUCUUGGGCGGGACACCAAAUCCAUGUAUCUUUACCGAUUAACCAAUUUCUCGACGCUGGGGUUGAUCCUAAAGAGAUACCACUUCCUCAUGAAUUUAUCUUGAAUCGCGACCUUUUGGCUCAACUUUAUCCUAGUUUUGCCGAAGGAGCAACCCCUUUUUUCACCUUGAAUUGGUCCAAAUAUGCGGAAUUUCUUAGUUUUCGCGGAGGACUAGAUCCAAUAACCGGUGGUCUAUGGUUGAGCGAUAUUGCACACCAUCAUUUAGCUAUUGCUAUUCUUUUCCUGAUCGCUGGUCAUAUGUAUAGGACCAAUUGGGGUAUUGGUCAUGGACUUAAAGAUAUUUUGGAGGCUCAUAAGGGCCCAUUUACAGGACAAGGCCAUAAAGGUCUCUAUGAAAUCCUAACAACGUCAUGGCAUGCUCAAUUAUCUCUUAACCUAGCUAUGCUAGGCUCUACAACUAUUGUUGUAGCUCAUCAUAUGUACUCUAUGCCCCCCUAUCCAUACCUAGCUACUGACUACGGUACACAACUUUCCUUGUUCACACACCACAUGUGGAUUGGCGGAUUUCUAAUAGUUGGUGCUGCUGCACAUGCAGCCAUUUUUAUGGUAAGAGACUAUGAUCCAACUACUCGAUACAACGAUCUAUUAGAUCGCGUCCUUAGACACCGCGAUGCAAUCAUAUCCCACCUUAACUGGGUAUGUAUAUUUCUGGGUUUUCACAGUUUUGGCUUGUACAUUCAUAAUGAUACCAUGAGUGCUUUAGGCCGUCCCCAAGAUAUGUUUUCGGAUACCGCCAUACAAUUACAACCCAUCUUUGCUCAAUGGAUACAAAAUAUCCAUGCUGGCGCGCCUGGCGUAACAGCUCCUGGUGCAACAACAAGUACCAGCUUAACGUGGGGAGGCGGCGAGUUAGUAGCUAUAGGCGGCAAAGUAGCUUUGUUACCUAUUCCAUUAGGAACCGCAGAUUUUUUAGUCCAUCACAUUCACGCAUUUACCAUCCAUGUGACUGUAUUAAUACUUUUGAAAGGUGUUUUAUUUGCUCGCAGUUCCCGUCUGAUACCUGAUAAAGCAAAUCUUGGCUUUCGCUUCCCUUGCGACGGACCUGGGCGAGGGGGAACAUGUCAAGUAUCCGCCUGGGAUCAUGUUUUCUUAGGUCUAUUCUGGAUGUACAAUUCUAUUUCGGUAGUCAUUUUCCAUUUCAGUUGGAAAAUGCAGUCGGAUGUUUGGGGUACUAUAAGUGAUCAAGGGAUAGUAACUCAUAUCACAGGGGGAAACUUUGCGCAGAGUUCCAUUACGAUUAAUGGUUGGCUUCGAGAUUUCUUGUGGGCACAGGCAUCCCAAGUAAUUCAGUCUUAUGGUUCUUCAUUAUCUGCAUAUGGUCUUUUUUUCUUAGGCGCUCAUUUUGUCUGGGCUUUCAGUUUAAUGUUUUUAUUCAGCGGCCGUGGUUAUUGGCAAGAACUCAUUGAAUCUAUCGUUUGGGCUCAUAACAAAUUAAAAGUUGCUCCUGCUACUCAGCCUAGAGCCUUGAGCAUUAUACAAGGACGUGCUGUAGGAGUAACCCAUUACCUUCUGGGUGGAAUUGCCACAACAUGGGCAUUCUUCUUAGCGAGAAUUAUUGCAGUAGGAUAGUGGCUAGGAGGAUUUGAAAGGCAUUAUGGAAUUAAGAUUUCCCAGGUUUAGCCAAGGCUUAGCUCAGGACCCCACUACUCGUCGUAUUUGGUUUGGUAUUGCUACCGCACAUGAUUUCGAAAGUCAUGAUGAUAUUACUGAGGAACGUCUUUAUCAGAACAUUUUUGCUUCUCACUUUGGGCAGUUAGCAAUAAUCUUUCUAUGGACGUCCGGAAAUCUGUUUCAUGUAGCUUGGCAAGGAAAUUUUGAAUCAUGGAUACAGGAUCCUUUACACGUAAGACCUAUUGCUCAUGCCAUUUGGGAUCCUCAUUUUGGGCAACCCGCUGUGGAAGCCUUUACUCGAGGAGGUGCUGCCGGUCCAGUGAAUAUCGCUUAUUCUGGGGUUUAUCAGUGGUGGUAUACAAUUGGAUUGCGCACCAAUGAAGAUCUUUAUACUGGAGCUCUUUUUCUAUUAUUUCUUUCUACGCUAUCCUUAAUAGGGGGUUGGUUACAUCUACAACCCAAAUGGAAGCCAAGCCUUUCGUGGUUCAAAAACGCCGAAUCUCGUCUGAAUCAUCAUUUGUCAGGACUUUUCGGAGUAAGUUCUUUGGCUUGGACAGGACAUUUAGUUCAUGUUGCUAUUCCCGGAUCCAGGGGGGAGUACGUUCGAUGGAAUAAUUUCUUAGAUGUAUUACCCUAUCCCCAGGGGUUGGGUCCCCUUCUGACGGGUCAGUGGAAUCUUUAUGCCCAAAAUCCUGAUUCGAGUAAUCAUUUAUUUGGUACCACUCAAGGAGCGGGAACUGCCAUUCUGACCCUUCUUGGGGGAUUCCAUCCACAAACACAAAGUUUGUGGCUGACCGAUAUUGCUCAUCAUCAUUUAGCUAUUGCAUUUAUUUUUCUCAUUGCCGGUCAUAUGUAUCGAACUAACUUCGGAAUUGGGCACAGUAUCAAAGAUCUUUUAGAAGCACAUACUCCUCCGGGGGGUCGAUUAGGACGUGGGCAUAAAGGCCUUUAUGAUACAAUCAAUAAUUCGAUUCAUUUUCAAUUAGGCCUUGCUCUAGCUUCCUUAGGGGUUAUUACUUCCUUAGUAGCUCAACAUAUGUACUCUUUACCUGCUUAUGCAUUCAUAGCACAAGACUUUACUACUCAAGCUGCUUUAUAUACUCAUCACCAAUACAUUGCAGGGUUCAUCAUGACAGGGGCUUUUGCUCAUGGAGCUAUUUUUUUCAUUAGGGAUUACAAUCCGGAACAGAAUGAAGAUAAUGUAUUGGCAAGAAUGUUAGACCAUAAGGAAGCUAUCAUAUCUCAUUUAAGUUGGGCUAGCCUCUUCCUAGGAUUCCAUACCUUGGGCCUUUAUGUUCAUAACGACGUUAUGCUUGCUUUUGGUACUCCAGAAAAGCAAAUCUUGAUUGAACCUAUAUUUGCCCAAUGGAUACAAUCUGCUCAUGGUAAGACGACAUAUGGGUUCGAUAUACUCUUAUCUUCAACGAAUGGCCCCGCUUUCAAUGCAGGUCGAAACAUAUGGUUGCCCGGAUGGUUGAAUGCUGUUAAUGAGAAUAGUAAUUCGCUUUUCUUAACAAUAGGACCUGGGGAUUUCUUGGUUCAUCAUGCUAUUGCUCUAGGUUUGCAUACAACUACAUUGAUUUUAGUAAAGGGUGCUUUAGAUGCACGCGGUUCCAAAUUAAUGCCGGAUAAAAAGGAUUUCGGGUAUAGUUUUCCUUGCGACGGCCCAGGGCGCGGCGGUACUUGUGAUAUUUCUGCUUGGGACGCGUUUUAUUUGGCAGUUUUCUGGAUGUUAAAUACCAUUGGAUGGGUUACUUUUUAUUGGCAUUGGAAACACAUUACAUUAUGGCAGGGCAACGUUUCACAAUUUAAUGAAUCCUCCACUUAUUUGAUGGGAUGGUUAAGAGAUUACCUAUGGUUAAACUCUUCACAACUUAUUAAUGGAUAUAAUCCUUUUGGGAUGAAUAGUUUAUCAGUAUGGGCUUGGAUGUUCUUAUUUGGACAUCUUGUUUGGGCUACAGGAUUUAUGUUCUUAAUUUCCUGGCGUGGAUAUUGGCAGGAAUUAAUUGAGACUUUAGCAUGGGCUCAUGAACGGACACCUUUGGCUAAUUUAAUUCGCUGGAGAGAUAAGCCCGUGGCUCUUUCCAUUGUGCAAGCAAGAUUGGUCGGAUUAGCCCACUUUUCCGUGGGUUAUAUAUUCACUUAUGCAGCUUUCUUGAUUGCCUCAACAUCAGCAAGUUUGUUAAUUUAGUUAUUUUUUUUUGUACUGUAUCAGAACCCAGUUCAUUACUCUUGAUGGAGAGGGAGGAUCCGCCUUUUUAGAUUUUUGCUAUUUAUUUUUCUAUCUAGGAUUAGAACCAUAUACUUGGUAAUAAUAGGAACGGCACAUUAUGGCAAACAAAGUUUGAUUCAGAGGGAGAAGAAGCGGCAGAAAUUAGAACAAAAUAUCAUUUGAUUCGUCGAUCCUCAAAAAAAAAAGAUAAGAAGCAAAGUUUCCCCUUUGAGUUUGAGCGAAAAAAAACAAAAAUGCAAGAAAAAUUGCAAUCCCUACCACGUAAUAGUGCACCUACACGGCCUUCAUCGACGUUGUUUUUUAACCGGAAGACCUAGAGCUAACUAUCGAGACUUUGGGCUAUCCGGACACAUACUUCGAGAAAUGGUUUAUGCAUGUUUGUUACCGGGUGCAACAAGAUCCAGUUGGUAAGGAUAAAAAUACCCUUUCUUUCAUAUUUGUAUGGUUUCUCGAAUUGAUGAUCGUAGAAGAGCCCUCUUUACCAUUCUGUAUAAAUGGACUAUUCUAUUUGUAUAGAUAUGGUAGAGGGGCCUAUCCACCCACUAGUUUCCCGCUAAGAAGGUGGAGCAGUUUGGUAGCUCACAAAGCUCAUAACCUUGGGGGUUACGGGUUCGAUACUGGACUACCUGCUCCAUAUUCUUCUUUAUGAUAUAUGUAUCAUCCAUUUGUAUAUGGUAUAUGGAUUUGUUUUUCUUUCCUAAAAGAGUUUCGGUCUAACAGUUUUUUAUUAUUUCUCUGAAAUAUAAAAAAGAAAGAAUAAAAUAAGAAAGAGAAGCGUCCAUUGUCUAAUGGAUAGGACAGAGGUCUUCUAACCUUUGGUAUAGGUUCAAUCCUAUUGGACGCAAUCUUUUUCUAUCUAUUCUUUAAAUAACUAUACUAAACGAAAAAAAAAUUUUGCAUGAUUCAAAUGAAAAAUCUUUGAUUCCUCUUCUACUAACACGAGUUAUACUAAUAAGAGUAGACAUGCUAUAUUUAUGUUUGUUCCUGAGGGAAAACCGUUCAAGCUGUUCCUGAAUAGCUUCCUUCAAAAGGGUUUCUGCUUGCUCGUGAAUGUCUUACUAGAAGAUAUAAUUUCUUGGAAUUGAGGUUUAGUAUCUUUUAGGUGUUUACGUAACUCAUCCAGAAAUUUCUUUACCUGUUCAAUUUCUAACGAAUCAAGAUAUCCUCUCGUUCCGGUAUAAAUAGUAGCUACCUGCUCUUCCACUGGGAGAGGGUUUGAUUGGAUUGUUUAAGCAAUUCCCGUAAUCGUCGACCCCUUGCCAAUUGAUUCUGACUUGUUUUAUCCAGAGCGGAGGCGAAUUGUGCAAAGGCUUGUAAUUCUGCGAAUUGAGCUAGUUCCAAUUUUGAUUUGCCAGCUACUUGUUUCAUGGCUUUAAUUUGAGCUGCGGAUCCUACUCUGGAAACUGAAAUACCCACAUUAAUAGCAGGUCGAAUUCCGGCAUUGAAUAGAUCCGCGGAUAAGAAUAUUUGUCCAUCUGUAAUUGAAAUUACAUUAGUAGGAAUAUAGGCGGAAACGUCUCCAGAUUGAGUCUCCACUAUUGGUAAAGCGGUCAUACUCCCUUCGCCUAAAAGAGAAUUUAAUUUAGCGGCUCUUUCUAAAAGGCGUGAAUGCAAUAAAAAACAUCCCCUGGAUAAGCUUCGCGGCCGGGAGUCUUCUUAAUAGAAGGGACAUUUGGCGAUAAGCUUGUGCCUGUUUGGAGAGAUCAUCAUAAAUUAUUAAGGUAUGCCGUUCGCGGUACAUAAAAUACUCAGCCAGGGCUGCUCCCGUAUAAGGAGCGAGAUAUUGUAAUGUAGCGGGUGAAUCCGCCAUUUCAGCUACUACAAUAGUGUAUUUCCAUGGCCCCCUCUUCGUGGAAAGUAGUUACUACUUGAGCCACGGAGGAUGCUCUUUGACCGAUAGCUACAUAAACACAUAUUACAUCUUGACCUUUUUGAUUGAGAAUUGUAUCUGUGGCUACUGCUGUUUUGCCAGUCUGUCUGUCCCCAAUAAUUAACUCUCGCUGACCGCGCCCUAUGGGGAUCAUCGAAUCGAUAGCAAUAAGCCCUGUUUGAAGGGGUUCAUAUACGGAACGCCUAGAAAUUAUACCCGGAGCAGGAGAUUCAAUUAAGCGAGAUUCUGAAGCGACAAUUUCGCCUCUCCAUCAAUAGGUUUAGCGAGAGCAUUUAUAACACGACCCAAGUAAGCCUCGCUCACGGGUAUCUGAGCAAUUCUUCCUGUUGCUUUUACAAAACUUCCCUCUUGUAUCAUCAACCCAUCGCCCAUUAAUACAAUCCCAACAUUUUUAGAUUCCAAAUUCAGAGCAAUACCUCUCGUCCCUUCUGCAAAUUCGACUAAUUCACCUGACAUUAUUUCACCAAGACCUAUAAUACGAGCAAUCCCAUCCCCCACUUGCACUACGCGACCGAUAUUCUCAAUCCCUACUUUCCUAUUAUUUGUUCAAUACGUUCGCGGAGAAUUUUAUUAAUUUCGUCGACUCGAAGGGUUGCCAUUAGUGUUUCUUUAAUUUUUUUUUUUUGGAAGCAAGGGAAAAAUAAUGCCUAAAUUCUAAACAAAGUAGAAGUUCAAAACCUAAUAAAUUGAAUUAUCUCUUCCAUUCUAUGGCCCCGAGAAUGCCAAUAUUAGCACGAAUCGUACGGAAAUGUAACUCGGUAUUCAAACAACUAUUCAGAGUUCCUAGAGCUCCUUGUACAGCUUGUUGGAAAACCCGUUGUCGGACCUGAUUCAUCGCCCUUUGUUUUCAAAAUAAAGGGUUUCGUUUUUUAGACUUUUCUAAUUGUUCCAAACUAAUAGAAGUAGCAUUAAUCAAAUUUUCUUUUUCUCGUUCUAUUUCAGAGUAUCCAUUCAUUCGAUACUCAUCUGCUUCCAGUUCGACUUUCUGUAAUCGAAUACGAGCUUUUUCGAGUUGUUCAAGGGUCCCUUUACGCAAUUCUUCCGAAUUUCGAAUAGUACUUAAAAUCCUCUGUUUUCGAUUAUCUAAUAAAUCUUUUAAUGAAAGUAGAUUAUCUUGCUAUUAAGUUUACAAUUUUUAUGAUCUCUUCCCGAACCAAACAUGAAUCUUUCGAUUCAUUUGGCUCUCCCGCUCCUUUUUUUCUUUUUUGUUAUGUAUUAUGGCUAUUUCCAUAUCUUUUUUUUAUGUAAUGAGCCUAUCCUCUAUCCUCUCUUUUCUGUUUGUAUUUCUAUAUACCCAAACUUAUAUAAGACUAGAUGAAUAUUAAGAGGACUCUUCCAACUAGAUAAAAAUCUAUCAUGGUCAGCAAAGUUGUUUCUUUAUUUGUGUUUGCUCUGUUAGUUAAUAAUUUCAAUUUCAUUAAGAAAAACUAACUAAAUAAAUGGAAAAUAAAAAUUGAUAGAAUUCCUUUUAUUUUUCUUCAAAUCCAAAAAAUUUCUCUUUUUUUAUACAUAGGUCGUCGAUUUGGCAUUGGAAAAAGGGCUGCGUGCCCUUCUAGUAAAUAGUUCAAACUAUUUUAUCGAUAUGAGUGUUCUAUAUCAGAUAAAUUCUACACUAGCUAUUCCCGUUUAAAGCAUUUCGAGACUAAUACUAAUGUAGUUGUAGAAAGAGUACCCCUUUUUGCCCGGACUUCAAGCAGUUUAGCUUUAACCGUGUUAAUGGUCUCACAUUAUUGGUCUAUAGAGAAUCAAAGUAAAUUUACCAAUGAAUCGCGAAAUGCUAUGGUUCUUCCAUAUGAUUUCUGAAGUUAUUCAGAAGUAAUUCGUCGAGAUCGUGCACCUUUUCUUAUUUAUCAAAAAAAAUACUAAAAAUAUUCUAAAGUGCAGCCGGAUAGAUCCAAUCUAUUCUUGAAAUAGACAACUCGCACACACUCCCUUUCCAAAAAAAAAUCAAUACACCAACCACUACAGUUAGAUUUAUUAGAUUGUUGCUAAAAUAUCGGUAUUAAGCCCGAAACUCCCAGCGAAUGGCCAGUGAGCUAAAAAAACAAAAGAAUGGGUUACAUUUUUCAUAUGCUCUCCUCUUAUAGAUAGGACGAACAAAGAAGAAAGUUUUUCGAUUACUUACUUCGCUCGUCCUUUUUGAUCGGUUUUUUUAAUGCAAAUAGAUUCAAUCUAAUAAUUUCUUUUAGAUUAAGUCUUAGGUCUCGUUUGACCUGUGAAAGAUCUCCUUUGUUGAAAUGUUCCCAAAAUUCCUAAAAUAAAAGGAAAAAUACUUUCCACUGUCCUAAACUAAGGACGGGAAGGAAGAGGGCGAGCAUAUCCUCUAAAUUGAUCAUGCUCAAAUCAGCCCUUCUUGGGGUUCCUAGGGUAUUGUCUGUCCCGAUAAAUACAAAAUUUCCGGAAUAAUAUAAAAAAGAAAUAAUAUAAUAAAUAGGAGUAAAGUAAAGUAUUGAUAUACUUAGAAUUACAUAAGCAAAUGCCAUGUACUAAAAAAAGAAAAAAGUAUCUAAUCUAAAGGACUCAUUUUCUUUUUUAGGAUUAAACAAAAGGGUUCGCAAAUAAAAGCGCUAGUGCCACAACCAGUCCAUAAAUUGUUAAAGCUUCCAUAAAAGCUAGACUAAGCAAUAAAGUACCUCUUAUUUUACCUUCUGCUUCUGGCUGUCUCGCAAUACCUUCUACAGCUUGUCCUGCAGCAGUACCUUGACCAACUCCGGGCCCAAUAGAAGCAAGCCCUACGGCCAAUCCAGCAGCAAUAACGGAAGCAGCAGCAAUUAGUGGAUUCAUGAUGAGUUCCUCGUGUCAAAAAAAAAAGAAAUGGUUAAGGAUACAAUCAACCAAGAAAUUAUUACUUCCAACUUCUAAGCUCUAUCGGGUAGAAGUAACUAAUAAGUACAAAUAAAUGAUAAUCGAAAUCGUUCGAAUUACUUCGAGAUCUCGUUUUUUAGUUUCUAAUCAUUAGAGGUUUGUGUAAAUCCAUAUGAUUCUCAUUAUUCUAUUUCUCUUUCUUUUCAACCAAUCACUCUUUUAUUCCAUCCUUUUUUUACUCUUCGAUAUCUUUGAGUUCCCAUUUUUUCCCCUUCAUCUAACAUAAUAAAAGACGAAAUACAGGAAGAACCCCUAUUGAAAUCGAACUAAUCCAAAUCCAAUAGGAAUCAAAUCAAGAUAUACAAUUGAUAACAAUAUGCUGCAUAGAACUAGAUAUGGAAUCCAGUUCCAUAUAGAAGGGAAUUCUAUAUAUCGGAUUAGAUAAUGAAUCUAACUUAGGAAUAAAAAAAAUCCCAUAUACAUUUGUUUCUUCUAUUUUGUUUGCCUAUUUCUCAUUUUCUAUUGAAUCCGAUUCUAAAAUCAUUCUUUAGAAAGCCACACAAAAGAUGACUGUCUUAUAGGCAUUAAAGAUAUAGAUCUAACCUGACUUGGCCCCCCUGAAUGCAUAUAUACUUUACCUCUUCCAUAAUAUAGUCUAUUCUCUCUCCUACAACUCUAGGUUGUAUAUUCAUACGCCUUUCGAACUAUUUAGUUUUCCAACUAAGAGGAUUAUCCGGAAUCAUGCAUGAAUUGGGCUAAGCUAAAAAAA